AUGAAACUCAAACCUCAUCAUUUUCAUCUCCAUCACAACCUUGUCUCUUUUUCAUCAAAACCUCGCUACAAAAACCAUGACAUCCUCUAUACAAUCUCAGAAGCCAUCAACACCAUCCACAACAACAAUCUCCAUUCUCAAGCACCUCCUGAUUACUCUCUCAACCCCUCCCUCAAACGCAUUCUCCCCUCCCUCACUUCUCACCACAUCACAAACCUCAUCAACCUCAACCCUCUCUCCCUCUCCCCUCACUCCCUCUUCUCCUUCUUCAACUGGCUCGCUUCUCGCCCUCCCUUUCGCCACACUCUCCAUAACUAUUCCACCAUGGCUCACUUUCUCUCUUCCCACAACAUGCUCUCGCAAACACAUUCCCUCUUCCUUUUCAUCAUCUCCCGAAUGGGCCACCAUUCUUCUACUUCCCUCAUCGCUUCCCUUCUCCAAACAAACCCUACCCACCACCAUCAUCAUUGUUCUGGUAUUGUCUUUGAUGCUUUAAUCAUUGCUUACACUGAUUCUGGAUUCAUACAAGACGCUAUUCAGUGUCUACGAUUGCUGAAAAAGAACAACUUUGCAAUCCCGCUUCGUGGUUGUGAGUAUCUUCUUCGUCGUGUUAUGAAGCUGAAACAACCGGAGCCUUGUUGGGAGUUUUAUUUAGAGGUUUUGGAUUAUGGAUACCCGCCAAAAGUUUAUCUUUUCAAUAUUUUGAUGCAUGGGUUUUCGAAAGUUGGUGAUGCUAUGAAUGCGCAGAAGGUGUUUGAUGAAAUUCCUAAGAGGGGUUUGCGUCCUACUGUUGUUAGUUUUAAUACUUUGAUAAGCGGGUACUGUAAAACUGGGAAUGUGGAGGAGGGUUUUGUGUUGAAAGGUGUUAUGGAGAGUGAAAGAAUAUCUCCUGAUGUUUUCACUUACAGUGCUUUGAUCAAUGGGUUGUGUAAGGAAAGUAGGUUAGAUGAUGCCAACAAUUUGUUUGAUGAAAUGUGUGAGAGGGGGUUGGUUCCUAAUGGUGUGACUUUCACUACUUUGAUUGAUGGACAGUGUAAAGAUGGGAAAAUUGAUUUGGCACUGAGAAACUUUCAGAAGAUGAAGGAUCAAGAUGUGAGACCUGAUUUGAUUACUUAUAACGCGAUGAUCAAUGGACUUUGUCGGGUGGGCGAUUUCAAGGAGGCUAGGAAGCUUUUUAAUGAGAUGAUUGGGAAUGAUUUGAAGCCUGAUAAGAUCACUUUCACUACUCUAAUGGAUGGAUGCUGUAAAGACGGAGAUAUGGAAUCGGCAUUGGAGAUUAAGGAUAGAAUGGUUGAGGAAGGGAUUAAGCUUGAUGAUGUUGCUUAUACUGCACUAAUAUCUGGACUUUGUAGAGACGGAAGAGUUCGCGAAGCUGAAAAGUUGUUGCGGGAUAUGUUGAGUGCUGGUUAUAAACCUGAUGAUCCAACGUAUACCAUGGUUAUUGAUUGCUAUUGCAAGAAAGGUGAUGUAAAAAUUGGAGCCAAGUUACUGAAAGACAUGCAGAGAGAUGGACGUGUACCGGGUGUUGUAACUUAUAAUGCGCUAAUGAAUGGAUUUUGCAAACAAGGUCAGAUGAAAAAUGCUAGAAUGUUGCUUGAUGCAAUGCUUAAUUUGGGAGUGGUUCCAAAUGAUAUUACAUUUAAUAUUUUACUAGAUGGUCAUUGCAAGCAUGGAGGUUCUAUUGAUUUUGACGUAUUUAGUGGUGAAAAAGGACUUGUUUCAGAUUAUGCUUCAUAUAUAGCACUAGUGAAUGAAUCAAGUAAAAUUUCAAAAGAUAGAUUAAGGAACUGA